ACAUCACAGGCAGAGCUGGGGGCUGAUCUGAUGCAACGCACAGCCUUCUUGGUACAUCCCUGUCCCAGCAGAGAGAGAGUCUUCAUACGUCACAGGAGAGUCUGCAUACAUCACAAAAGAGUGUUCCUCUAACCAAAGAGAGUCUUCUACAACAAACAAGACUCUUCAUAUAAUAGAGGCGAUCCUUCAUACAAGAGAAGAGUCUUCAUACAUCAUUGGAGUCUUCAUAUAUCAGAGAAGCCUGCACACUGCAGCAUCUGUACCAAGCAGUCUACCCUGUACUGCCAGUAUGGGCUUCUUUACCCUCCAACCCACCAUGGUGUCCAUCAUCCUCUCCGGGCUCCUAUCUGUGCCGUCCGUCACCCCACAUACAGCAGGUUCAGAUGGGAUACCCCAAGCUUCUGUGAAAAUUGAGGAAAGUGCUGACAACUCAGUAAUAUUACAUAGCCUGACUAUAUCAGGCUUGUCAUCCAAGGACACAGAAGAAAACAUCAUUCUGGACAGCCCUGUGCAUCUGAAACUAGAAUGUAUUCUGAAAGCUGACUCCAUGCCGAUUUCCAAUCUAACAUGGAUACAUGGAGAGGAAGAAAUCAACAAAGAUCGUUAUUCAGAAAAUAAUACAGCUGGUGAAUGGCGCACCACACUGGAAGUGUCUGUAGCAGACGUGAACAGUACAGGAAGUUAUGCUUGCAUUUUCAGUUCUACUACAGAAGCAAAAGCAACAUUUUACAUAAAAGUGCCUGGUGUUCAUAGUGGGGGCAAGACCUUAGUGACUUAUAAUGGAGAUUCUACAGUCCUGAAAUGCGACAGUUUCAAGUACAAACCUGUGGAGUGGCUCUGGUAUAAAGUCAAUGAAAAUGAGCAGGUACUGUUAACUAUCUCUUCAGAAUCCUCAAGGUUCAAACAAGACAACAAAACAGCCAAUGAGACAAAGCUGCACAUAUCCGGCCUGACUGAAGGCGAUAGCGGCGCGUAUGUGUGCAAGGCGGUUUAUAAGACUGGAGAAAGUGAAGGACAAGUUGAAGUCAAUGUGCUCAGUUUAAUGGUGCCAUUUAAGGUCUUUCUUGCUAUUGUAGCGGAAGUUGCCGUUUUAGUAGGCAUUAUUUUAGGCUAUGAACUGCUAAGCAAGAAGAAACACAGUGAAGAAGAAGUUAAAAGCGAAGAUGAACAAAUGGCAAACCUGAAAUCUGAAGAAAAUGGCAAAAGUGAAGAAAGCACCACAAGGCAGAGGAAAGCCUAAUAUCUAAGAGAUGCAGAACCUCUCCAGAGGACUAUGCAGCCAACUUCAACCAUCUUCAGUAUCAACCAAAGUUGGACCUCAACUUCAACCUAUCCCACAUUCUUGAAUGUUCGUGGCUUCCAAGCAAUAAUAAUAUACUGUAUGCAUACUUUAGUGCAUAUGCUGCUUACUGACUGAAAAAUAUAUUACUUAAUGUUGCCUAGAAAAUAAUUGCAGGUAUGAGUGCUGUGUUAAAACUCAAAUAGAGGUCAGAACAUCUCCAUAGGUUUUCUUACUUUCUGCAAACCUGAUUGCGGAGAUUUCGCUACACACUAAUAUUCACUCAAUAAGCCCCAUAGUUAUUCUCCAGUGUUCACUUUGUCCUAUUUGGAGUCACCAAGGGCUUCUGGGAACUGUAAUAUGUAAACUAAUUCCAAAAAAUGUAGGUGAAGAACGAUCCUCGUAUGUGUCACUGUUUGUUGUAUGAGUUCAUGUGAAUGAGAUGUACGCGUCUGUCUGCUAGUUCAGAUAAAAGUUAUUUAUUAACGCAUCAGAAACAACUGUAUAUACCAUUUAACAAUACAGAUUUAUAUUUAUAAAGUAAGAUAUAUAUGAACAGCUUGGAGUGACGCUUUAAGCUAAAGGAGAAAACUCAUCCCUUGCUCCUAAGGAAAUGGGGUGCCGGUGUCUAAAUUUACUCAUCCGAAAGUAACUGGUAUGUGAAUAAAAAGAAUGGCCAGUCCAUAUAGUAUAGAAAUAAGAAACAGCUUCAGUCUAUGCUUCUCCACAAACCAUGGCUCCGACGCAUUUCGCCCCAACCAUCGGGGCUUAGUCAUAGAGGUGGGAGCUUGAAGUAGGAUGGAAAUUCAUAUGCAUCAAUAAGAUAUAUGUAUUACGUUACCUAAGCCAAUACUGUUGAAAUGUCGUCUACUUCCAAAGUACCAAAUUAUUUUACUGUGGGAUUUUGACCAUUGAAAAAAACAAAGAAACAAAA